AUGAGGGUCGUUUACCUAGUGCUUAUUGUUCAGGUUGGUGCCCAGCUUCGGUGUGAUAAAACUAUCAUCCACGCCACAGUUGGAAGAGAGUUUAAUGUCAUCUGCAAAUACGAUGCACGGCAAUUCCUAUUCAGUAAAAAGUACUGGUGUCUGGGUGAAUCCAGGAGCACCUGUGAGAUUCUGAUGGACACAGACGGUUUCAUCACACCUAGUAUUAGGAACCGAGCCAAGAUCAUUGAUGCCGGGGUUAGAGGCUUUUACAUAUUCAUCAGAGUACUCCAGUUUGAAGACACUGGAAUCUACUGGGCUGGAAUUGACAAAAUAUAUGCCGAUAUCAUGCUCAAGAUCCAGGUUCAUGUUACAGAUGGUAAGCUCUUGUCUUUUACUACAUGGUCAGAAGCUGUGAGCUUGCCUGUGGUUUGGUCUGUUGGCUCUCCUCUCCUGACCUGCCUGGGACAGACAGUUAUUUUGCAGUGCAGAACUGAGAGGGGCACCAAUGUGAAGUACAGCUGGUUCAGAGAGUUCCAUCCCCAAGACGUCCUUUUACAAAGCUCCUCUGAUCUGUCCUUAAAGUGUGACUUUCUCACUCACGGUGCUCAGUUCGUCUGUUUGGCUCAGAAUUUAGUGAGCAGAGAGCGCAGUAAACCCGUUUCCCUUCAUCUGCUGCAGGCUGGACAUCAAGACUGUGUUUAUUCACUCACAUCUGAUGAUCUUCAAAGUUAUGACUGCAUAACAACUACCACACCCAUGACCACCACCACCAGUCCAGUGGAAGUCUUGACCUCACAAAGUGAAUGUGUUCCUCAGACCUGUUCUGAAAGAAACCAUUCAGUCUUUAUCAAUCAAACCCAGAACUGGGAGGAGAGCUUCUUUUUCAGCCCCCACAUCGGAAACUCGGGCCUCAUCGAAAAAUCCGAGUUUCCCACUGGUAAAUACGACAUUGAGUUGCCGUUCAUGUGCCCUUAUCUGUUUUCUACCCACUUAAUGAAAUUCCCUGAUAAAAUGAAGUGGAUGCCGCCCUGCUGCAGUCUGAUUGUUCUUCUAAUCUUCCUCCUGAAUAAUGUUGAGGAAGUCCGGGGAGACUGUUCCAGACCCUAUGUUGAAGGAAACAGGAUUUUGACUCAAGACUCUUUCAAAGAAUCUUACCCUAAUGGAACCAGGGUAACGUUUCAGUGUGGUCCUGGUUAUGUGACUGUAGAUACAACAGCUUCCAGAUCGAUUACCUGUAAUGGAACUGCGUGGGGAACGCUGAAACUUCAGUGCAAAAAAAAAACAUGUGGCGGUUUAACAGAAAUCCCCAACGGAAAGUAUGUGUAUCCAGAAGAAAAUCUCUUUGGUGCAACAGUUUUUGCAGAGUGUAACCCAGGAUAUGUGCUUGAACAAAACAGAACGAGAAAAUGUGAAGUUGAAGGCUGGAGUGGAAGUGCCCCUGUUUGUGAAGUGGUGAAAUGUGUUAAACCUCCUACUAUAAUCAAUGGAAACCUGCACCCUGAGAAAGACUUGUAUAUCUAUGGAGAUGUAGUAACAUACGAAUGUACAACUGGUAAUCUUUUUGGAGAGGAUACAACAUCGUGUUUUUCUGAUGGAAGCUUCAAGCCUUCUCCCCCUGAGUGUUUGGUGAUAAAGUGUGAAGAACCUCAAGUUGUUAAUGGACAUAGAACAUCCAGCAAAUCAUUAACUUAUAAAGGCACUAUGUCAUUUGAGUGUGAUCCUGGCUACAAAAUGAAUGGAUCUAGACAGAUCACCUGUGAGAAAAAUGAAUGGGAGCCACCACCUCCUAAGUGCAUUGGAAUAUGUCCCAUCCCCCAAUGUGGAGAAAAUCGGGUUUUGACUGAUGACUCUAAGAAAGACGUUUACCUUGAUGGAACCAGUGUAACAUGUAAAUGUUCUCUUGGCCAUGAACCUAUAGAUGUAAAAGUUUCCAUGUCUAGUACCUGUUCUGGAAGACAGUGGACAAAGCCGGAGCUUCAGUGCCAAAAAAAAUCAUGUAGGGAUCUUGAGGAUUUCCCUAAUGGAAAGUAUCUAUAUGCAGAAGGAAAGCUCUUUGGUGCAAAAACCUUUGCACAGUGUGAUGAAGGUUAUCAGCUUGAUAAAACUGUAAUUAGAACAUGUCAAGAUGCUGGCUGGGAUGGACAAGCCCCUGUUUGUAACGUGAUAAAGUGUGAUAAACCUGAAGUUAAAGAUGGAUCCCACUCAGAUGACAAAAAAUCAACCUAUAAUUAUAAUCAAAGGUUGACAUUUGAGUGUGAUGCAGGCUACAAAAUAGAUGGGUCUAAUCAGAUCACCUGUAAGAAAAAUGGAUGGGAGCCACCGCCUCCCAAGUGCAUUGCUGCAGGCAGUGAUUCAAAGCCCAGUACUACAUUAAUAGCUCUGUUAGUAGUUGUGUUACUUUUGGCAGGAAUUGUUUUAGGAGUAUUUAUCUACAAAAAAAAAUUCUCUAAACGAGGACACUCGGGAUGGGUGUCAACCAAAAAUGAAGAGGAGAAUUUAUAUUCCACCUUCAAUACGGUUAUCCCAACCAAGCUGGUAGCUAAGCUCAGUGACCUGCGAAUCAGCACCCCCAUGUGUAACUUGGUCCUGAACUUUCUAACAAACAGACCCCAGUCUGUAAGGUUAGGUAGUCAGGUGUCCUCUAGCCUGUCUCUGAGUACUGGUGUUCCACAGGGCUGUGUGUUAAGUCCACUGCUUUUCUCCCUGUUCACCCACGACUGUGUGCCGCUGCAUAGAUCCAACAUCCUCAUCAAGUUUGCAGAUGACACCACAGUGGUUGGCCGCAUCAAAGACAAUGACGAAUCGGCCUACAGGGAGGAGAUCCAGCACCUGGUGGCGUGGUGUUCCUCUAACAACCUUCAUCUGAACACUGAAAAGACCAAAGAGCUCAUCGUGGCCUUCCGGAAAACCAGGAGCUGUACACACCUCCCUGUCCUUAUCAACAGUGACGAGGUGGAGCGUGUCUCCAGUUUCAAGUUUUUGGGCAUCCACAUCUCUGAGGAUCUUUCCUGGACCCACAACACAUCCUGUCUGUUGAAGAAAGCGCAGCAGCGCCUUUACUUCUUGAGGAGACUAAAAAAGGACCAUCUGUCUCCCCAGAUUCUCACAAACUUUUACCGCUGCACCAUUGACCGCGUACUGUCCAACUGUGUGACAGUGUGGUACGGCAGCUCCACUGUGGCUGACAGGAAGGCCCUUCACAGGGUGGUGAGGACUGCUCAACGAAUCAUCGGAACUCUUUCUGGAUCCACUGCAAAAUCCAGUGUGCAAGGCCACCAUGACAAUAUGACCUAUGUGCGAAAGAAGGGAAAAGCUGUUGUCCUCUUGAGCACCCAUCAUGAUGACACACCAGUGGAUGUCAGUAGUGUAAAGAAGAAACCAGAGGUCAUCCAUGUCUUUACACAGUCAGGAAUGAUGAGGAUGGCACCAUGCAGCAGUUUAAUCCUCUUAAUUUUGUGUCUACUGAAGGUGGCUAAAAUCCAAGGAGACUGUACUCGGCCCUAUGUUGGAGACAAUCGUGUUUUGACUGACAACUCUAUCAAAGACGCUUACCCUGAUGACACCAAGGUAACGUUUCAGUGUGGUCCUGGUUAUGUGACUGCAGACACAGCGGCUUCCAGGUCGAUUGUCUGUACUGGAAAUCAGUGGACAAAGCUUGAGCUUCAGUGCAAAAAAAAAACAUGCAGAAGUCCUGAUCCAAUCACCAACGGGUAUUAUAAUACAUCAGAAGGAAUCCUAUUUGGUGCAACAAUCAUUGCAAAGUGUAAGCCGGGUUAUCAGCUUGUUGGACAAAAAACUCAAACUUGUCAAGAGUCAGGUUGGGAUGGGAGAACACCUUUCUGUGAAGUUGUGAGGUGUGCAAACCCUCCUGCCAUAAAUAAUGGAGAUUUUCAACCUCAUGCUGAGUUGUAUGACUAUAAACAGCCGGUCACAUACUCUUGUAUGGAUGAAUUCACUCUUAUUGGAGAAAAUACAUUAUCAUGUUCAUCUAAUGGAACUUUUGAACCUUCUCCCCCUGUGUGUUUGGAGGUGUUUUGUGAUGCACCUAAUAUAGUGAAUGCAUUUAGAACUGAAGGUAAAAGACCACCUUAUAAAUACAAAGACUAUGUAAAGUUUGAGUGUGAAGAUGGCUACAGAAUGAUUGGGUCUAAAACACUGGUCUGUGAGGAAAAGGGAUGGGAACCUCAACCUCUUCCAAAUUGCACCAAACCAGGUUGUGAUGCACAUGAUAUACAACAUGGAUUUAUAACUGAAAAGUAUUCACCUCCAUAUGAAUAUAAUAAUUUCAUCCAGUACACAUGCAACACUGGCUACAUAAUGUCAGGCUCCGAUACCCUGCAAUGUACGGAACACGGAUGGAAUCCACAUCCUCCACACUGCAAAAACAUCUGGAUGUAUUUUGUGAUUGCACUUGUUAUUUUACUGGUUUUAGUUUUAAUAAUUUAUUUCUUCAAAAGAAUGAGGACCAAAAGACCAUCAUCUGAGCAAACUUUGUGUCCUCCAGCUUUUCUUAGGUUCAGAGAUGCAUAUUAUGUAAAUUAGAUGUAUCUAAUUCUCCUGUUAAGGUUGUGGAUGACUCUGAAUUUUGGCCAUGUCUUAAACCACACACAGAUGUAUGAACAAUUAGUGCACUACUAGUCGUUAGUGCUUUCAGUCAAAUUAAAUAACAUAGAGAACUAAAACAUAGUUACCAUAUAGUCAAAUCCAAAAGCUCAUAAAGGGGAAACUAAAUUAAACAGCGUUGUUAAAACAUAUCUCCCCGUUGAGCUUGUCAAGUUUGCCUUAACCAACAACAUGCUUGUUGUAAGUAUGGAUAAAUGUUAGCAUGGCUUAGGACUUGUGUGCAUCCAUUAGUAUCUAGUUGGGGAAACCAGUUGCAAGCAGUAAAAAAAAAAGUAUAUAAAAUCGUAUAUAAAAUGAGAUUAACACUAGAUGCCUACUGUGUGGUUACAGGAGAUUUUGUAUGUUUUAGCUCAUAAUCUGAGCUUUUUCGGUUUGUAAUUUCUGCUGCCUUUCUUUUUCUUCCUUUUUUUGAUUGUACGCGCUGUGCCAAAGUUAACUCUGGAACUCUGUAAUGAUUUCACGUUACUUUUUAAAUGUUUUAAGUUGACUGUGUUAACACUGAAGAGUUUCUCAAAUCAGUUGUUUAUAUUGCAUAUUUAAUGUUACUUGUAAAGAAAUAUGUUAUGCUGUUUUAAUUGUUUAUUAGCUAUACAAAUUAAAAGGCUGAAUGACACACGUCCAUGUUACAGUUUCUGUGGUUUACUAUUAGCCAUGUAAUUUGUAAGUACAACAACUAGUGUUUUCUUAACUAUUUGGUUUAAUGACUUAACUCAGAGCUCUAAAAAUGCAGGUUAUUUCUGACUAUUUUCCCCACAUCUUUUUUUUUAUUCUGUUAGCAACAAGAUAUUUGCUUAAACAGCAAUUUUAAAAGAAUUUGCACACUAAAAUGCCUAAAUGUUAUAUGAAUGUUGAUGUGUUUGUGACUGAGAACACAUUACCAUAUUGGAUUUCAUUACUACUUAUGUUUUUUUUUUUUUUUGUCAUUUAUGACAUUUUUGUCCUUCACAAAAAGCAGUUCUAGGUUAAAUAUUAGAAAAUAACAUGAUGUAAAAGUAAAAAAAAAUGUAUUAGACUUUUUUCACGCUGCCUUUUCUACAAAAAAGCCAAACGUGACUGUUCAUCUUUAAUUCUGUUCAAAUGCCUGUUUAUGAUUGCAGUACUAUACUCAAAUCAGAGAGGAUCCUGCAGUACUAAUCAAUAAUCUGAGCACUUAAUCACCAGUAACAAAUAAAAGUAUUAAAAACAUAA